UUUUAUCUAUGUAUACGUAACAUGCAGUUGUCUAAAAGGUUAUAUGAGUUAUUACGAAAAAAUUCCAACGUAAAAAAUGAUCAAGAAUAGGUGAUCCGGUAACAAUACACUUGUGCAGACGAUUCUAGGCAUAUUGGAAAUAGUUUAAAGAAGCUGAUUAGACAGUUUAAUUACUCGAGUGUCUUAUUUCGGAAUUUUCAAUAUUUUUGGCAGACGUUCUCUUGUGUUUCGAAUGAGGACUGUAUAUGUUUAUAUGUAUAUUUUGUUUACUUGAGAUCAAUAUAAGAUAUUGAAAGCGUGUUAUUUAAUGCGCAGUAAUUGUUUGCGUUAAUAUAUACAAUGUACUGCAUCGGCUUUAUAAUUAUACCUUACUAUUAAAUGUAGUGCAGUGAUAGUCUGGCGUGUAAAACCACCAAUGUUGUUGCUUUAACUUUCGAUGUACUUGAUUAAAUUCUGAUAUAAAGCAGAUAUGUAAGUUAUACCUGUGUAAUAUAGUUACAAUUUAAUGCAAGGUGGUUUAUUUAUACUUAUAUAAAACGACUGUUUAAAGUCCUUGAAUCUAGGUUAAAAAUUUCAUACUUGACAUUAGAAAAAGGAACGCGACAAUAUUUGGAUUACGGAUAAAAUGUAAACAAGCGGGGGCUUAAAGUCGAUGCGAGUUUAACGUUUUUGGAUAUUUUAAUAUCUGGUAAGGGUGUAUAUAUGUCAUAGUUGGAGUACCCGAUGUAUUAAUAUCAAACGUGACACAGUUUAUGAAAUAUUUUUACCCAGGUUGGAUUACAACUACACAAAAGUAAAGCUGCGAUUUUUAUGAAACUUGAUGUAUUUGGAUAUUAAAUAAACGUAAUUAAAAUACGUGUAUGUUUGGAUAUGAAUGAAAAAUUGUUUGAAAUUGAAUUUUGUGACGGCUGUGAUGCGGUGAAAAAUAGCUCAAAAGUUAAAAAGAGUGACCCACGUGAUACGGUGUUAAUUAAUUCCACCAUAAUGUGUUCAAAGUCAUUUUCAGGUCUAUUACCAUUCCGAUGCUAUAGCUCUUUCGUGGUGGUUAAAUUAAUGCUUUAUUUAACGCUGUUUCAUUCAAUAAAUGGAUUUAAUCUGGACACUGAUAGUAGAAUAGAACUUGAUGGACCUAAUGCCGGAAGUUACUUUGGCUACACAGUCGCCAUGCUGAACAUAAGUGACCAAAAUAGAUGGAUUUUACUAGGUGCUCCUAAAGACAACAGCCACUUUCUUCCUGAUGCAGAUAGACCCGGUGCUAUAUAUAAAUGUACUUUUACCUCAGACUUCAGUAGUCGCAGCUGCGAGGAAUUGUUUAUUGAUGACAAAACCGAAGGUGAUUCGGCACAGUUUAACGGCAAGAAUAGAAUAUUUACACAUGGUAGAGACGGUCAAUGGCUGGGAGCUUCUCUUGAUGUUAAUAAAGACGCAGGCAUUGUGACAUGCGCUAAUCGCUGGUAUAACAAACAAUUUGAAGUUGCUCAGAUCUACUACAUGAAUGGACUGUGCUAUGAAAUACCUCUAGAUUUCAACAAAAACAACAUCAAGAAGAUCCCCGGGCUUGUUGGGCUUGACAAGCAAACAAUGACUGAUCCCAGAACAAACAUUACAAAACUCAAUUAUGGUAUGGGCGCUCUAGGUUCAUCCGUACACUAUUCAAGUAAGGGAAAAGAUUUAUUAUUAGGGGCCCCGGGCUUGUGGUAUUUUACAGGCGGCUUUAUAGACCUGCACCUUUCUGAUGCAUUGAUUACAGAGAACAUAAAACCACCCACAGAGAGGAACGAAAUGGCGGGAUAUGCAAUAACAAGUGGGCAAUAUUUUGGCGGGGAUUUUAUCAUGUUUGCUAUAGGAGCGCCACGAGAUCAUCUUACUGGGAAGGUAUUCCUGUAUGGGUCCAAUCGAGGUGAAUUCAUCCUUGAAGACCCUGAUCUUACAUUGAAUGGCUCAGAAGUGAUUGAGAUUCCAGUGAAUGGCUACUUUGGGGCUACUCUGUGUACAGUUGACGUGAACAAUGACGGACUGGACGAUCUCCUGGUCGCGGCACCAUUUUACAGUAAAGGUGAACGCGAGGAAACCGGAGUUGUUAUUGUAUAUCUUGGACAAAAUUCCAUGACAUUUCAACCUAUGACAUACACAUUGACCGGAAGUGACAGUUCUGGUGCGCGAUUUGGCACUGCAAUGGCUAGUUUAGGAGAUAUAAAUAAAGACAAGUAUAACGAUAUAGUGAUUGGCGCUCCCUAUGAGGAUGACCUGAGAGGCGCCAUCUAUAUAUAUAAUGGUUGUAAAACCGGUGUGUGGCCUCAUUUUUCACAAAGAAUUGCGGCAGGCUCUUUUCGCGAUGAACUCAGGUCGUUUGGAUUUUCUUUCUCUAAAGCUGUAGAUAUGGACAAUGAUGAAGUCAAUGAUAUUGCAGUAGGGGCAUACCUCUCUGAUAAAGCAUACAUACUGUUCGGUCAAUCUGUAAUCAACAUAGAAAUUUCACUAGUGCCAAGUGUCAGCCAGAUAGAUAAAGAUACCACACAGUUAUGUCCAUCUACAUCUCGUACAGAUGUCGUACCUUGUUUCAGGGCCAAUGUUUGCUUUUACUACAGCUACAGGCAAUUCAACACUAUUGGUAAUUGA